AUCCAACAACAGCUGGCUCUCUUUAAGUCCUUUGUCCUCGUUUCAGUACAUACCCAGAACGUACCUUAUCCAUCAACAAUUUACGAUCAGCGUUCUUUGUUCGCAAUCUAUUCUUCUCCUUCAACUCCAAACCAUCUUCACUUCAAUUCAAUCUUCCCAGCAGAACAAUGUCGAGCCUUUCUCCGCAAAAAUUCUCCGAUUCGCCAACAGACGAUGGCUCGCCAACAGCCUCAUCGCCCGCUCGUGGCGCCGAGAUGAUCAAUUUCCUUCAAACUCGCCUGCAAAAGAACCGCGCACCUCCUCUCGUCCACAGCUGGGACUUCUGGCACGACCGUCAAGAUCGCGCACCGACUCCCAACACACAAGCAACAUCUCCUGCCAGCUAUGAGGUCCGACUCGAACCGCUUGCAAACAUCUCAGACGUCAAACAAUUCUGGGCUGUGUUCAACAACUUCGACGUCACGCAACUAAAGCUUCGUGACUCCGUCCAUCUAUUCCACCGCGGUGUGAAGCCUGUGUGGGAGGAUCCACGGAAUGCAAGAGGUGGAAGCUGGACAUUUCGCGUGCCGAAGAACCAUGCGAGCGAAUUCUGGAAAGAGGUGUGCAUGAUGGCGAUUGGAGAGAAACUUCAGGCAGCGGUAGACGAGCCGGAUCGAACGAUAUUCAGGGACGACAUCUGUGGUGUGAGUUUGGGAGUGAGGUUCAACAGCAUGCUGGUGCAGAUCUGGAAUCGAGAUGGAGGACACGAGAAGGGCAUUGAGAGGAUUGUGCAGACGCUGAUGGAGAACAUUUCUCCGGAAAUGCAACCUAAGGAGGGAUCUUACUAUUACAAGAAGCACUCUGAGCAUGCUGGUUUCGGCGCGAGCAAUGUACCUGCGUUGGCGCCGCCGCCACUGCAGGCGGACAACAGACCACUUCGCCAGAGCCAGCUUGGUCUUGAAGUGCAGUCAAUCGACGCUGUGAUGCAAGGACCGUGA